AUGACAUGUUUGCGAGUGUGUCCGUAUGUAUAUUCGUCGUGUGCAGGAAGUCAAGGACAACCUGAGGGAGUAAAAACAGCAACUCACGGGAAGCCAGCAGCAGGAACUGUGAAGCAGGGCAAAGAAGACCGGGGACAAGCUGGCCAGGACCCCCUGAGGCUGAGAAUCUUCUUUCCUGCUUGGAUACGGAGAUUGUUUGGCCUCGCUGGAAGACGACGGUGA